AUGUCUGACGAAUCACCCACCAACGGCUCUACGAGACCAGUCACUCCCAAAACGAAUGGCUUGGCUUUAACUGAGUACACCGCCGCUCCAACGCCUCCAUCGGAGCGUAACCCACGAUUCCCAGGCCUGCCUCCGAACUGGGGAAUUCCAGAUGCUUUUCUGCUACCAAACGGCUACCCUGACUAUCUCCGAUUGAUCUUGACAUCCCGCGUUUACGAUGUUAUCGAGGAAACUCCACUUACCCAUGCCGUCAACUUGAGUAACCGAUUGGAGAGCCGAGUGCUUCUCAAGCGUGAGGAUCUGCUGCCCGUUUUCAGCUUCAAGCUUCGGGGCGCUUACAACAAGAUGGCUCACUUGAACCCGGAGCAGCGUUGGAAAGGUGUUAUUGCGUGCUCAGCCGGCAACCAUGCGCAGGGUGUCGCUUUCUCUGCUCGUAAACUCAGAAUCCCCGCGACUAUUGUUAUGCCCUCGGGCACUCCCGCAAUCAAACAUUUGAACGUUGCCCGUCUUGGGGGAAGCGUGGUUCUGCAUGGAAACGAUUUCGACGCAGCCAAGGAAGAGGCCCACCGAUUGGAGAAACUGCACGGUCUGACCAACAUCCCACCAUUCGAUGACCCGUACGUUAUUGCUGGUCAAGGUACCAUUGGAAUGGAGCUGCUGCGCCAGGCGAACUUGGAUAAACUGGAGGCGGUCUUCUGUGGUGUCGGCGGAGGCGGUUUGAUUGCUGGUAUCGGUGUCUACUUGAAGCGCAUUGCGCCACAAGUCAAGAUCGUCGGCGUGGAGGCUUAUGAUGCGAACGCCAUGGCCCAGUCAUUGAACGAGAAUCAGCGUGUCUUUUUGAAGGAAGUUGGUCUCUUCGCAGACGGUGCUGCCGUCAAAUCUGUCGGCGAAGAAACUUACCGCGUUAGUCGUGACGUGAUCGAUGAGAUUGUCCAGGUCUCCACUGAUGAGAUCUGUGCUGCUAUUAAGGAUGCGUUCGAGGAUACUCGAACCGUCGUUGAGCCUGCCGGUGCACUUGCACUUGCUGGUCUCAAGAAAUAUGUUUCCAACAACCCUAGUCCCGAUGCCAGCCGUGAGCUGAUUGCUAUCAAUUCUGGUGCUAACAUGGACUUUGACCGAUUGCGCUUUGUGGCUGAGCGGGCUGCUCUUGGCGAAAAGAAGGAGGCUUUGUUGAGUGUCAAGAUCCCCGAGAAGCCUGGUGCUUUUGCCAAACUCGUCGAGGUUGUGCUUCCUCACGCGGUCACUGCUUUCAAUUACCGUUACGCAAAGGACGACUCAGCGGAUGUUCUUAUGGGCAUCUCAUUGUCUGCAUUAACUGGUCGUGACGACCUGGCUAAGAUUAUGGAAGAGCUUGAAAAGGGAGGACUGACUCCUCGGGACUUGAGCGAUGACGAGUUAACCAAACGCCACGUUCGAUUCCUUGUUGGAGGACGUUCCAAUGUGGCCCAUGAGCGGCUCUUCAUGUUCGAGUUCCCCGAGCGACCGGGUGCUUUGGCCAAGUUCCUGACUACUCUUCGUCCCAACCAAAACAUCUCUCUCUUCCACUAUCGCAACUACGGUGGCGACGUGGGCAAGGUUUUGGCUGCUAUCCAAUGUCCUCCUGAUGAGAAAGACGAGCUCGAAUCGUUCCUCCGGGACCUGGGCUAUCCAUUCAGCGAGCAUACCGAUUCCCCUACCUACCAAACUUUCCUUCGAUCGUAA